AUGCCUGUCGUGUUGCCCUGCGAGUGGCAAGUCAUCGAAGGGCCACAAGGCAGCACGACAGGCAUCGAGUCAAAUCAUCUGUUCCUUACCUGCUUAUUUCUUGUUCUGUGCUCUCCCGCUCACUCCCACCCCUUCUGCAGUGCAUGGUUUGGAUUGGAGCACUUCCACAGAGCGUCACGGCAGAGAGAUGGUGGGGCGGACGCAGUCAGGGGACGAGAAGGAAGACGCGGGGACUGUGGGGAGGCGGAGAGGGAGGAGGAGGAGGAGGAGGAGGAGGAGGAGGAGGAGGAGGAGGAGGAGGAGGAGGAGGAGGAGGAGGAGGAGGAGGAAGAGGAGGAGGAGGAGGAGAAAGGUGGGGAAGGGAGGAGUGCAGAGGGCCAGACACAGGAGCAGCUACACACACAUGUGGACGCCCUGUGGUCGCUGCUCUUCCUGUCCCCCCCCCAACCCACCGAUUCCCACUCUCACUCUCACCCACUCACAUCCACCAGUUUACCUCUUCUCUCUACCUCUCCCCAUCUCCUCCCCUCUCUGCCGCCCUCCCCCUUCCCCUCCACGUCCCCUCACGACCUCCCCUCUCUGCCGCCCUCCCCCCUACUCGCGUCAGCCCUGGCCGCGCUCCGCCGGGAAUACUCCCGCAUUCACAGAAAGGACAACUCGUGCCACCCGCAGCAGUCUCAGCUGGAUGGCAAGCGGUGUCAUCUAGCGGCUGUGAUGGCGUGGGUGGGGAUGGCGCUCGCUGUAAAGGCAAGGGGCGGUGGGGAUGGAGAGGUAGCAGAGGGAGGGGUGCUGGAGGCUAGAAGGGAUGUGACUGAAGCGAGAGUGAGUGCUGAAGCACGGUGCAGGCGAGCAGAGCAGCUGCUGGGCAUGGCAGAAGGCUCAUGGGCCGCCUUUCUGUCCAGUGUAUGGGAGCAGCGCCCCUUCCUCUUCAGAGCGCGUGGGGAAAGAAGAGAGGUAGAAGAUCAGUUACUCCCUGAUCAGCAGUCUCUCAUACCAGAGGGAAACCAUUCCCGCCCCUUAAGCCAUCACUUCUUGAGGCGCAUAGAAAAUGGUCAACUUUCUGUAAGAAACCACGGCCCCACUCUUGCUGCUCUGGUUGGCGCCAUUCCACACCUUGGGACUGCCGAUGGGCUCCUGGAUGUUUUUCUGCCCGGGGCAGCGCACUGCCCUGGAAUGAGCGCGGGUGAAUCUGACCCGUUUGCUGCUCUGAGGGACAUGGCCGUGGCAGGCGAGCUUGGGCGGCCCCUCUUGUCCUCACCUGACGUGUCAUUUGUCCAGUCGCAGCCUUCUGGCAUGGGGGAAACCACUACAUCUCAUCGUCCUGCUUCUCGAAAAGCUUCUGCUUCAGAGGCUGUAGCAGGGGGGGUAACAGCAGCAGAGAGGGUCGCGGCAACACAGGGCGACGCAGCAGUGGAGAGGCAAUCAGUAGCAGAAGGGAGAGCAGCAGCAGAUGGUGAAACAGAUGGUGAAACUGAUGGUGAAGCAGAUGGUGAAACAGAUGGUGAAACUGAUGGUGAAGCAGAUGGUGAAACAGAUGGUGAAACUGAUGGUGAAGCAGAUGGUGAAGCAGAUGGUGAAACAGAUGGUGAAACUGAUGGUGAAGCAGAUGGUGAAGCAGAUGGUGAAACAGCAGAUGAGGAACCGGCGUGCAAGCGCAGGCGUUUCACUCCAGCCCACACACCUUCAUACCCCUUCCGAGCAGCCUUCUCCCAGGGCAGCACCAUCGCCCUCCGUAGCGUCAACUGCCGCUCGCCUGCCGUAGCCGCCCUCGCACACACCUCAACCACACCCCUUACCCUGCCAACGUUACCACCUUCAAACCCCUUUCAUGCAGCCUUCUCCCACGGCAGCACCAUCGCCGUCCGCGGCCUCAACUGCCGCUCGCCGGCUGUAGCCGCCCUCGCACGCGCCAUCGCUGCCGCCCUCUCCCUGCCAGCUGUCGGGGUCAACCUCUACCUCACUCCGGGCGGCGGGCGGCAGGGCUUGUCUCGACACUGGGAUGAUCACUGUGUGCUGGUGUGCCAGGUGAAUCGGUGCAUGAAAUCGCUUUGA